AUGGCAAGAACCAAGGCGAACAAGGCGGAGUCCGUCGAGCCCCAAUCCGACGUUGUUAUGGAUGAGGCACCGACAUCUCAUCAGCCUGAGAGGGGAGAUGAGAUGUCGGUGGACGAGGAGAACGAGGAGGUUGAAGUUGAGGACAACGACGCGGAGAUAGAGGAGGAUAUCCAACGAGUGAGACUGCUCCCCGGCUCAACACCCACUGCCGCCUCCUUCGAGUUUCUCAAUGAGGGCCAUACCCUCGGGAAUGCCCUUAGGUACAUUAUCAUGAAGAACCCCGAUGUUGAGUUCUGCGCAUAUGCAAUCCCGCAUCCCUCCGAGCCAAAGAUGAACGUCAGGAUCCAAACUUUCGACGGUACGACAGCGGUUGAGGCGUUGGAAAAGGGACUGCGCGACCUGCAGGAGCUCUGUGACGUUGUGACGGAUGAGUUUGUGGUUGCUCGGGAAAAGUUUGUGGCGAAGUAG